UCUGCUGUUUUCACAUCUCCACCACAAACAGGAAGUCCCUUUUAAGACAGCUCUAAAAACCUCAGUCACUUCCUUAACUAAAGCCAUCAGACUGAUUAUGGACUGAAUAUAAUCAACUAUACAAGCAGAGCAGUGCAGUCAUGUUCUUAGAGACAGACACACAGUAAUCCUGUGUUUUGGUGAGUCUUAUAGAUGAGAGAUGUCUCAGAAUGUUUAUGAUGUUAUCAGUAAUGAGGAGCUGGACAGAGGAGAGCGAGUGGAGAUGGUGGUUGAUAUCUAUGAGAGUGCAGACACUGUUAGAGGCCAUGAGCCCCACACAGAGAUGGAGGAGACCAGAACCAAGAAGAUCAUAAAAACACAACAUUCAGGAGGCAGAUGCUACAGGCUGACUGCAGUGUGUCUGGGGCUACUGUGUGUUCUCCUGCUGACUACAGCCAUAGUGCUAUGGAUCAAGUUCACCACAGAGAGAGACCAGUUAAAGACCAGUUACACCAACCUGACUAUAGAGAGAGACCAGUUACAGUCCAAUUACACCAACCUGACUGUAGAGAGAGACCAGUUACAGUCCAAUUACACCAACCUGACUGUAGAGAAAGACCAGUUACAGUCCAGUAACACCAUCCUGACUGUAGAGAGAAACCGGUUACAGAAAGAAAAAGAUGGAUUUGAGAAGAAGUUUUCUGAACUGGUGAGACUCAUUAACAAACCAGGAUGGAUCUACUUCAGCUCCAGUAUUUACCACAUCUCUACUAACAAGAAGAGCUGGGAUGAGAGCAGAAAGUUCUGCAGAGACAGAGGAGCAGACCUGCUGAUCAUAAACAGCAAAGAAGAACAGGUUCUGGGGACGAGGGGAACCCAGUGGUAAAGUACGCUGUGUCCUAAAAGGCUAUGGGUCUGAUCCUGUAUGGAACUGGGCUAAUUAUGCCUGUAGUAAUCAGCAUGUUUGGAUCUGUGAACAGAGUGUUUAGUUAAACUGCUGCAUGUGAGUGAGAUCUGUUUUUAAAGUUGUUCCUCUUUUAAACAGUAUUAAUCCAUUUUGAUGAUUCUAAAUUUUCUGAUGGUUGGAGAGUCCAGACUGGAUGAAAAGGUACAUUUUUAGAUAUGAAGCUCCUCAAGAACGAGGCUUGUGUUACAGGAUCUUGUGUUGUGUUACAGCUAACUCUAAAAUCUUAAAAUAGGUAAACAUUUUUUCACUGGCACAUUCAUUUUUAUCUGGCAUCAUAAUUACAAUUUAGAAAUUAUUAUUUUUUUUACAUAGAUCUUGUUAAGUAUUUUCUUAAAACCUAAUUUGGUACAAAAUUUCUUGAGAUGAGAAAAUCUGAAGAAGCUUUAAGCUCAUUACUGGAGAAACUACUUUUAAAUCAACAUUGCUUAAUCCAAGACCUGUUUAUUUUAAGAUGAACAGACUAGACUAGAUCUGUAUGCAUGCAAUAAAUCAGCUUCUUUUGGAGUUUUUCUUAUGAAUGAUGACAUUUCUUUACAUAUUGUAAGAAUGUAGAGUUUUGGAAUGUUUUUAGGACUAUAAAGCCUCAUGUCUGUCCAGUUAAAUUCAUAAAAUAAUAAUACAAAAGCUUUCAAAAGUCUUGAAAAUGCCUUCUUCAUUGUAGGGAGCUUUAAAUCUUUUCCGUUUUUUUCAAAACAAAUUUUAAUUUAAGAUAAAAAUAAUUAGCUGAAUAACAAACGCAGACUAAGUUUAUAAUGUCAGCCGAUUCAUUUUAUAAAUACUAAUUUAGUCUGUUAAUCAAAAUAAUAAGUUUUUUUAUUUUCAAGACUUUCUGGCUUGUAAAGAUUUCAUUUGUUGCAGAGUCAGAUUCAUGCAGGCUGAGAUUCUCCACAGGGGGUGCUAUAGAUACCUUUUAUAAGCACAAUGUUUUACAUAAUUUUAUGCAUAUUUGGCAGAUUAACAUAUGGAAUAUAAUUGAUUUUAUUUUGUACAGCAAACCAAAUGAAGCCAGAUAUUCACAUGAAAGUUUGACACUUUCUUGAGCUGAAUACAGAGAAACAAAUUAUGAUGUAAACAGAUCUGUAUAAUACUGUAAACAUGAACACAAUAAAGUGAUAUGACUGAU